UUUAGCAAUGUGUAACGUCAUAUUUGUUAUUUUGAUCUCAAUUUUGCUGACUGGAGUCCAUGGAAGAACAAUUCCUGCUCACCAACAAAUAGUUACAACUAUUGAGGAUAAAAAUGGACAAGUUUACGAAUGUGUUGAUUUUUACAAGCAACCAACAUUUACUCAUCCUUUAUUCAAAAAUAUGAGUGAGGUAAAACGACCAAGUGAAUAUGCUGUCCAAGGAGGAAAAUAUAGGGACAUUGCCUUCAACGGUAACGGUUGUCCAUCUGGAACAAUACCCCUUCUAAGGGUUAAUAAAAACUACUCCUCAGAAGAGUUAAAAUCAAAUGGCCCAAACAUUUGUACUGCGGUGGUUCGAACUAGAACUGAUCCAAACAUAAAGUUUUUUGGAGGAGAAGGUUCACCAAGUACUUACAAACCAGUCGCGGAUGGUCCUGGUCAAUGGUCAAGUGCUCGGAUAAAACUUCAAAAUGGACCUGAUAGCAUUGAAGUUGGAUGGAUGGUAAAUCCCACAUUAUUUAACGACAAAGAAGCUCACCUCUAUGUACGAUUCACAGCUGGACAAAAUGGUUGCAUAAACACACAAUGCCCUGGUUUUGUUCAUGUAGGUAGUGAGGUACCUUUAGGCCUUAUUCCCGAUCAUUAUUCUCAACGUGGGGGCCAAUCCUACGCUUGGAAGUUUUUUAUCGAUCAGCAAGAUGACGGAAAUUGGUGGGUAUCAAUGGACGAUGACAAGUAUGCAAUCGGAUAUUGGCCGAAAACCUUGUUCACCGGACUAGCCAACGCCGCGACUGAAGUUGAAUGGGGAGGGGAAGUAAGCUUCGCUCUUGAAGAGAAAGUCCUUCCUGAGAUGGGUAAUGGAAGAUUCCCAUUGUAUGACACUAAAAGUUCAGCAUUCAUGCAACAUGUGACUGUUGUUGAUGAAACCCUUCAUAAUGUCAAUCCAACAAAUACCGAGAAGUUUAAAAGUUGUCAAGCACUAUACGGUGUUAUAGAUGCUGGAUACCAGGGUGACUAUUUUGGGCACUUAAUUCUUUUCGGUGGCCCAUUAUUGCCCUGAAAAUUAAGUAAGCUUAAGAUAAAUGGGAGGAAAACAACUACCAUAGAAUUGUAAACAUUUAAAAAAUAUUCCCUUGUAAUAAUGAUAAUACUGACUCGUGAUUGAGCAUUUUGAGGAACUUCUUUUUU